AGAGGCGGUGCGGCACAGAGGAGCGCUCGCUUCACAAGGUGACCCUAGCUCCCCACCGCCACCGCCGCGGUCGCGGUCCAGAACGCGCUCCAGCCGCUCCACGCCGUCCCAGGCACCCAGCCUCUCUUUCUCCCUCUUGCAACCAAGAUCUGUCCGGCCGUUGGAGACCCGGGGAGCCGGGGUUAGGAACUCAUUUGGGGCUUUCCCCUCCCCCACCGGAGAGCCCCGGGAUGGAGAGCCGAAAGGACAUGGUUGUGUUUCUGGAUGGGGGUCAGCUUGGCACUCUGGUUGGCAAGAGAGUCUCAAAUUUGUCCGAAGCCGUGGGCAGCCCGCUGCCGGAGCCGCCUGAGAAGAUGGUGCCCCGUGGUUGCCUGAGCCCUCGGGCCGUCCCUCCGGCCACUCGGGAGCGCGGCGGGGGAGGCCGGGAGGAGGAGCCGGUAGAUGGACUAGCAGGAAGCGCGGCGGGGCCGGGCGCCGAGCCCCGGGUAGCCGGGGCGGCCAUGCUCGGCCCGGGACCCCCGGCCCCCUCAGUCGACAGCCUCUCCGGCCAGGGGCAACCCAGUAGCUCGGACACCGAGUCGGAUUUCUAUGAAGAAAUCGAGGUGAGCUGCACCCCGGACUGCGCCACCGGGAACGCCGAGUACCAGCACAGCAAAGGGUCCGGCUCCGAGGCGCUGGUCGGCAGUCCGAACGGAGGGAGCGAGACCCCCAAGAGCAACGGCGGCGGUGGUGGGGGCGGCUCGCAAGGCACCCUGGCGUGCAGCGCCAGUGACCAGAUGCGUCGUUACCGCACCGCCUUCACCCGAGAGCAGAUUGCGCGGCUGGAGAAGGAAUUCUAUCGGGAGAACUACGUAUCCAGGCCGCGGAGAUGUGAGCUGGCGGCCGCCCUAAACCUGCCGGAAACCACCAUCAAGGUGUGGUUCCAGAACCGGCGCAUGAAGGACAAGCGGCAGCGCCUGGCCAUGACGUGGCCGCACCCGGCGGACCCCGCCUUCUACACUUACAUGAUGAGCCAUGCGGCGGCCGCGGGCGGCCUGCCCUACCCCUUCCCAUCGCACCUGCCCCUGCCCUAUUACUCGCCGGUGGGCCUGGGCGCCGCAUCCGCCGCCUCCGCCGCCGCCUCGCCCUUCAGCGGCCCGCUGCGCCCGCUCGACACGUUCCGCGUGCUGUCGCAGCCCUACCCGCGGCCCGAACUGCUGUGCGCCUUCCGCCACCCGCCGCUCUACCCCGGGCCCGCGCACGGACUGGGCGCCUCUGCCGGCGGCCCCUGCUCCUGCCUCGCCUGUCACAGCGGCCCGGCCAACGGGCUGGCGCCCCGGGCUGCCGCCGCCUCGGACUUCACCUGUGCCUCCACCUCCCGAUCGGACUCCUUCCUCACCUUCGCGCCCUCUGUGCUCAGCAAGGCCUCCUCGGUCGCGCUGGACCAGAGGGAGGAGGUGCCCCUCACUAGAUAAGGGGCCGCUGGCCGGCUGCCGUCUCCAUGAUGCCCGUGGGGUCACCCCCCGGCCCCGGGACUCAGCCAGCCUCGCUCCUGAGGGGAGAGGAGAGGGCGGAAAAGGACCAGCGGGAUCCCGCCGCAAGAAUUGGAAAGCCUAGGAAGUGGCGGUGGCUAGCGCAUUUGGGGGGCAGGAGUGGGGAUAGGGAAGCAGAGGUUGAGAGACCUUCCUCUGCGGCGGCCUCCGGACCCACCGCCCCUCACCGGGGUCGAAGGUGUAGCUCCAAAGCUAAACAAAACUUAGCAGUGACAGCAACCAAUAUCCAGCCCCUCGGCCCCUCACCCUCCACCUCACACUCCCUUCUCACCGGGCCCCCUCUCCCUAGCCAAGGCCCAAGCACUGGAAAGGGAAAUUGCUGUCUCUCUGAACAAAAUGCUGUGUAUGCAGAGCAGGUAGAGAUUAAUCUUUGCCAGCUUUCCCAAGGCAUGAUAAGGGGCUGGUGGAUGGCAACAUACCAGUCAUUUGGAGGAGAGAGUGAGAGAUGAUUUACUACCAGGGAGAAUCCGGCCCCUUGGCAUGGAACCUGGAGCCUCGACUACACAGCAUCUUCUGGGUCUGGCGUCUGCCAGCACCUGAUCUCUUUCCUCAUUCUCAGCUUUGUGACACCUCUCGACUUGCGGCUCCAUCUCUCCCUGCCGCCACUUUUUUGUUGGUCAGGGAGGCUGCAGAUGCCCCAGGAGUCCUUUGCCGAUUCUCUGAGGCCAAGCCUUUUUUCCCUGGGCCAAGCACACACCCUGAUUAGCAAGUGAUGUGUGCGAGGAGGGUUUGUGAAUGUUGAAUGUGGAAUAAUGAUCACCAUGGAGCUGGCCACUGACCCCAGAGCUGAGCUGUUAACAAGGCGCCCAGGGAAGAGCUUAGGGAGUGGGAACUUCACCUCCCUCUCUCAGUAUCUGGCGCUACCACUGGAGCUUGACUUUCAGAUACCAGUGGGAGCCUUCUGUCCCUUCUGGGGACCCUGUCUGUGGCCUCCACCAGGGUUUGUUUAGAGCCACUCCCAAAUCCUCACUCCACACUCAUCCUUGCAGCCAGUUUUUGAGGAAGAGGAGAACGUGUAACCCCAAUGAGGGAAAAUGGAGGCUCGAGGUCUACACAGCUAUUAGUGGCCGAUGUAGCUAUGAGCUCCGGGCUCCCACUUCCUCUUCUCUCACCCUGUUUUGGGGCACAGAUUCUGAGGCUUCUCCCGCUUGGUUGCUUCCAUUAUUCCCCAACUGAGGAAACCCCAGCCACCAUAUGUCUGCCGGAGAAUGAGCAUGAGUGUCGCGGUGGACAGUUGCCGCCAAAGGUGUCCAGACGGAUGGCAUUCUCAGGGAUCUUAGCAUCCUCUCCAUACACCAUCACCCAAGAAUGGUAGAGGAAGGAGUAGGAGUGGGGGUACAGAUAGGAAAGAAAGGAGGUUGUGGCCACAAAAUUGGCAUUUCUCUAAUUACCAACCCCCUCCUCCACCAUCCUGCCACCAUUUGUCAUGGCAAAGUUCUCUUUCUGUGCCCCUUCCCUAACAAAGAAAUCCUCAGUCA